AUGGAAUCUUCUUGUAACAAACUCUCUGAUAUUGAUCUUACAAUCUCUGAAGUUGCUGCGGUGCUUCGUAAUUUAGACCCCAAUAAAGCGUGUGGACCAGAUGGUAUUCCGAGCAGAAUUCUCUCCAAGGUCGCCGAUGAGAUUGCUCCUUCACUUUGUAUUCUUUACAAUAUGUCUCUCUCUAUUGGAGUGGUACCUGCUACGUGGAAUUUUGCCAAUAUUACUCCUGAUUUUAAAAAAGAUGAUCCCACCAUAACAUCGAACUACAGACCAAUCUCUUUGCUUUGCGUUAUCUCCAAAGUAUUGGAACGUUGCGUUUUUAAUCACUGUUAUCAUCACCUCUCCCCUUCUUUCUAUCAAUUUCAACAUGGAUUUCUCAAGGGUAAAUCAACGACAACACAACUAUUAGAAGUAUACCAUGACGCCCUGGACUUCGUAGCAUCCAGUAACGAAGUUGAUGUAAUCUAUGUUGACUUAUCAAAAGCCUUUGAUAAGGUUCCUCACAAUUUGUUAUUACUCAAACUAAAGCAUCAUGGUAUCAACGGAUCUCUUCUUUCUUGGUUUGGUAGUUACCUCACAGACAGGUACCAAAGAGUUGCUCUUGAUGGAUCAAUCUCUGACUGGCUUCCUGUCACGUCUGGUGUACCACAAGGUUCUAUACUCGGUCCAUUGUUGUUUGUUUUAUACGUCAAUGAUGUCCCUAACUAUAUUCCGUACAACUCAACAAUUGCUUUGUUUUCUGACGAUUCCAAGCUGUUCAAACCCAUUCUCGACCCAACCUCCAGUUACAAUCUUCAGAGUGAUCUCGACUGCUUGCAAAAGUGGAGAUUGGACUGGGGAAUGGCAUUUAAUAAGUCUAAAUGCAAGGUAAUGAACAUCUCCAGGAAGAAGACAUUGAUAAGGGAAGCAGCGUACACCAUUGAUAAUCAGUCGUUGGAUUGUGUUUCUUUCAUUAUGGAUCUUGGUGUCACUGUGUCAAAUGAUUUGUCGUGGUCAAGGCAUAUUGAAAGUAUUGUGGCCAUGGCUAAUAAAACACUCGGUCUGAUUAAAAGGGUAUGUAAAGAACUCCUUGAUCUGAAAGUCGGAAAAUUGUUGUACUGUGCUCUUGUUGGGCCUAAACUUGAGUACGCCAGUAGUUUGUGGUCACCGUAUACAGUUAAGUAUCGUUCCUUAAUUGAAAACGUCCAGCGGAGGACCACUAAACUUAUACUGAACUAUCCUCCGGAUGUGUCAUAUACCGAGAGACUUGCCAGAACCAAUCUUCUUCCCCUUGAAUUUCGCAGAGAAACUGCCGAUUUGAUGCUUCUUUUUAAAUCCUGAGCAGGACUGAUUUUCACUGAUGUCAAUGAUUUUCUUUGUACUUUCGAGCCAAUAUAUAGAUCUCGGAAUUAUGAUGUUAACAAGUACAAUGUAAUCAUUAAACGUAAACAAGAUUAUUACAGAAAAUCGUUUUUUAUUAAAUCAGCAAAACUAUGGAACAGUCUGCCCUCAUACCUUAAAGUCUACCACUCGUUACUGUAAUAAUAAUAACUAGUAAUGUAUCAAUUGACAAGAAAAGAUGCCAAGUUCCGCUGGAGCAAACAAGAAGAAAAUGCGUUUGUGAAGAUUAAGAACAGCAUCUCGAAAGACACAACCAUGGCAUACUUCGACCCCAACAGGCAGACUAUUCUACGCACAGAGGCAAGUUUCAACGAAGGACUAGCUGCAGCUCUCCUCCAGAAGACUGACAAAGGCAUGCAACCAGUACACUUCGUAAGUCGAUCCAUGACAGAAACAGAGAAAAGAUACAGCCAAACAGAGAAAGAUGCAUUAGCCAUCAAAUGGGCCAAGGAGAGAUUGAGAUCUUAUCUUCUCGGAGCACCGAAAUUCCAGAUAGUUACUGCACACAAGCCAUUGGUCCCUUUGUUUAACAAAACCAAAGCAAAGAUGCCUCCAAGAAUAGAAAAAUGGGUGAUGGAGAUGCAAGACGUAGACUUCGAAGUAAUCUACGAGCCAGGAAAGGACGAGGCAGACCCUUUAGACUACAUUUCGAGACAUCCUUUACCGGAAACCGGACACGACGACACAGAGAAAAUUGUCAAAUGGACAGUAGACAGCGAGCACGCCGUAGUUGUUGGAAGAAUACGAGAGGAGACACAGAAAGACCCAAAGAUGCAGAAGAUUGCGAAAAAAUAG